AAAUUUUAAAUUUGUAUGACUCUAUGACUACGAAAAGCAUGCGUUCGGCACCAGUAUUUCAAUAAUUAAUAUUUGAAAGCUAAUUGCAGCAGGCAGCCAAGGGCAUAUCACCGACAAUUGUUUGUACAAUGACUUUAUGUCCAUGUAGGUACAUGUAUAGCAGUUCAAGUAACAGUUCAUUGUUAUGAAAAGGGUUCCGCGGUAAUUGCUUUGAGGUCGCAGCACAGGGACCUCGUCAUACAAGGCUAAGAAAAGUAGCGUGAAGUCCGAUGCUGUGGCCCACCACGUGGAAGUAGCUGCUAUCGACCUUCAUCGGAGAUUCUUGGCAAAGUCAUUCCUCGCAAUGAAUUGGUAUACAUGUAAUUCAGGACGAGCAUAGGGAAUAGCCUGUUGAAAAGCCGCGGGACGAGAACGACAGCUAGGGUCAGUGCUACCCUGGCUUACAGUAUGGCAAGCUCAACCAGCAUCAUCAGGUCGUAUCGUCAGAUAGCGAGUGCACCUUGGACGAUGUGUGUCCUCGCACUUCUUCUUUGUGGCGCGUGGUUAGCUGAAAGCACAUGGGUCCAGUGCCCGUCGACACAACAUCAGUACCAGUAUGUGAAUGUCAGCAUGAAGUUCGCAAAUUCACAGCUAUAUUGUAGAGACAACCUUACUGAUGGCCGGUUGGCCACACCAACAAAUGCAGUAGAGAACACGUGCAUAUCCCAAGUCAAGCCAGCAGUGUCCGUUCGGAUUGGUGUUCUGGUGGUCGGCAACAUGAGCAUCAAUGCACAGACCGGCAUCUUUACGGUGUACUCCAACUGGGGACCUGGGCAGCCGGAUGGCACUGCUGUAACCCGCUGUGUAUCAAUUGUGGGUACAGGAGUGGGAACAGGUGAUAAGUGGGCGGAUGGUAGUUGUGAGUCGACAAAAGGUUUUGUCUGUCAAAGGACAGUAUGUGCAAGCCGUCCGAAAACCAUUGCCAACGGUGUCAUCACUGCGUACGGCACAGCCUACCCGAACAACAUCACUUAUCAAUGUAAUCCAGGAUACUUCAUCAGUGGGCUCGGAAACCAAAGUGUGACUGGAAGAUCAGUGUUUUGCAAGUUGGAUGGUAUCUGGUCGACAAUUGCUAUAUCAACGUGUAACCCUGUCACUUGUCCAUGGCGAGGAACAACACUGGCGAAUGGGAACAUAACAACAUACAGUCGAUCUUACUCGGAAGGCAUAGUCUACAACUGCAGUGCUGGGUUCUACAUUAACGGAGCGUCAAGCGACACUAUAACAAGCCGUUUUUCCAAAUGUCAAGCAAAUAGGACCUGGUCCAGCCCUGCUCCAACUUGCACUGCGGUCAGAUGCAAUAAACCACCGGCUGCGAAAGCAAACAGUGUACGGACUGUGACAACACGGAGGUACCCAGGAUCUGUCACUUACAGUUGCACUGGAGGUACCUAUGUGGAUCAUAUUGCACCAAUCACCCAGAUUACACUUACCUGCCUGCCGAAUAAAAGCUGGAUUGGUGAUGCGCCAUCCUGUUUGCCUCCUGUCUCUUGUCCGAACCGGGUAAAUACCCUGCUUAAUGGGAACAUCACAGCAUUCAGUCUCGUUUACCCGAAGAGCAUAGUCUAUAACUGCAGUGCCGGAUUCUACGUCGGAGGUCAACCUAGCAAGAAAGUAACAAGUCGCGUUUCGAAAUGCCAGGUGAAUGGAACCUGGUCCACUUCUAUUCCAACUUGUGUUGGAAUACAAUGCAAAACUCCACCUGCGGCAAAGGCAUUUAGUGUCGCCCAAGCCGGAGGACGAGCCUAUCCUGGAGCAGCUGUUUAUCAAUGCUUUAAUGGCUACUACGUGGGUGGUCAGACAGACCAGUCAAUAUUCUCUGUAACACUGAUGUGCUCAACUGCCGGUGACUGGCAAGGCAGCUCGCCAAAAUGUCAACGCAAGACAUGCCCGAUGCUCCCUACUCCGAUGUCUGCGACGCUAUCGUACAGCAACAAACUCCUGUACCAGAGUGUAGCCAUGAUCAAAUGCACACAGGGCUACAAGAUCAAGGGUCAGCCUCUCAACUCUGUGAAUGUGCAUAACCGAACAUGCCGCGCAGACAAUACCUGGAGCUUUGCACAGCCAGUCUGUAUAGGUGUGAUUUGUCCACCUUUGAACAAUCAGCUCCCAAACCUGCUGAGAAUAGACAAUAACAAUACACGAGUGUAUGGAAAUACCUCGACAUAUAUCUGUAACACCGGAUAUUACAUAGCCCAGUCUAAAAGCUACUUGGUCAGCACCUAUGUCGUGGAAUGUUUGUACACUGGGAAAUGGAAUGCCAGUGCUCCAACAUGCUCGCCGGUUCGUUGUAUCCAACCACCAUCUGCCAUUGCCAAUGGCUUGGUCAGUGGCAUUGAAGUAACCUACAACAAGACAUACUCAUUCCACUGUCAGAGGGGUUUUCACAUCAGCGGCAGUCCUGCGACCACCACGAGUCUCAUCAUUCAGUGCGGCAGUGAUGCAAAAUGGACCAGCCUGUUUCCUACUUGUGCAGCUGUCAUGUGCAGAGCCAUUCCCAGUUCUAUAGCCAAUGGCACCGUGAGUGUACAGGGCACGAGCAGUUCAUUCGGAUCCAUCGUCAACUACGUCUGCAUGUCCGGCUUUCAAAUCUUUGGCGCAGUACCAACAUUGAGCCGUGCACUAACGUGCAAAUUGGAUGGGCGUUGGAAUAACACCGUUCCCACUUGUAGUGGUGUUCCGAUUUGUCCUCCACUGAGUAAGAUAUCGAAUGGAAAGUUUCUAGCCACCAACGGGCAAAAGAUAGGUUCAGUUGCUACGUAUGUAUGCCAGACAGGCUAUCAACUGCAGGGCACCAGUAAGCGCACAUGCCAGACCAACACACUGUGGACAAGCUCGGCACCUGUAUGCAAUAAUAUCAAUGAAUGUGUUCUAGGUGUGGAUACUUGUAAUCAAGUGAAUGGCACAUGUAAAGAUACCAGAGGUUCCUACAGCUGCUCAUGUAACCCUGGUUAUGCUGGUGAUGGAAGAAAGUGCACAGUUGUUUGCAAGGAUCAGUGUAUUGCAGGUCAAGGCUACUGUACUGCACCAGAUCACUGUGACUGUAUCGGUGAAUAUAGUGGACUGUCGUGUCAGAACUUGUGGCCAGCUGUCACUCGCGUGCGGACUGCUUCGCUGAGCAGUGUGUCUGCACUGAGUACCGUGUCACGGCUAUCCAACUUCUCAGCCGCUGAUGGCGACUAUCAUCCGGGUCGCUGUGCAAUACAGUGCUAUCGUCGUGGCUUUGUCUUUGCCGGAAUGCACAAUGGAAUAGUGUGCUACUGCAGCAGCUCCAAUCCUGGUAUUCUUAGCGUUGCCACUGGUCCAGCAAUACAAUGUGCCGGUGCACCAGCCUUCAGCUGUGGAGGAAGCAAUACAAUCAGCUUCUACCAGCUCAAAGAGGUGCCUCCAACGCAGGUCACUAUCAGCGCAGUUGGCGGGACAACGGUGAGCGUCAGUGGUGAGAUCUUUGUGCUUCUCCGGUCUUCUCUGGACAUGGAGUGCAAAGUAGCAGCUGGCACAUCACCUAUCACGUAUACUUGGCAACACGUUGGUGCUACUCGGUCACGCCAGAAGUUACUACAAAUUUCCCCAACAAUGGUGACUGACAGCGGCCCUGUCACAUGCAUUGUUAGCAAUCCACGCGUUACUUCCUCUCCCAACUUCACCUUACCAACCCAAGCGUCUGCCUUUGUCCGAGUUCAUGUUCAGACACCACCAGUUGCUGCUCUUUCAGCUCUUGAUCUUUAUCUAGUCGAGAGUGAGACACUGAAUAUAAACUGCACUGCGAAGUCUAAUCCUCAAGCCACUUUUGCCUGGAAGAGAUAUGAUCCCAUCACCGACAUUGCAACUAGUUUGCAGGCGUCGGCAAUUGUUGAUGCAAAAAGUGGAAAUCUCCUCAUUGAAAAAGUAUCCAAGUCCGACGAGGGCAGCUAUCGAUGCAGAGCAACCGAUUCUACAAUUGUCUUUCCGAGUGACCAGAGAAGUGAUGUCGUCAUGAAGUUGACAGUUACUGUCGGUGCUCCGUGUGGAGGUCCAUGCAUUGUAAACAACUCACAUUGCGACACACAAGCAGGAGAAUGCUACUGCCUCCAAGGAUUCACGGGAAAUGCGUAUGUGUCCUGUUCAGAUAUCAAUGAAUGCAUGUCUACGCCGUGUUCCAGUGACACGGUGUGCGUGAACGAAGUGGCUGCCUACACAUGCGUCCCAAGGUGUGAAUUUGACCGAUCAGCAGCUGGUUGUGAUCCAGGUGGUCCCGAUGACCAAUCCGGCUCCGAAAGUGAUGGAGCAGUUGGAGCUGCCGUUGGAGGUGCAGUCGGCGGGAUACUGGUUCUUGCAGUUGUCAUCGCUAUACUCGUGUUAUAUCUCAAGCGACAAAAAAAAGACAAGCGCAUGUUGUCUCGCAACAGCAGCAAGUUGGUGCUGGUGAACGGACGUGGGCAGAAAGAGUCACAGUCACAGGAUGCUAAUGACUACGAAGUCCCGGAAGCCACGAAUGGGCCGGGGCGAGAGAAAAGGAUAUCACGGAAUAUGUUCCAAACUGCGGACAGUAGCUUUGGAAAGUCACCCUGGACAGGAGCAAUCUACUGUGAAGCUGGAGGAGAAGCGAGCGUCGCACUCUUCCCUACGGUUAAUGCUGAUGAUUUGGUUGAUAAUCUGUACGACACGAUGACUCGAGAUUUGAGCCGGCAUGCCGCUGAAGAAGGCACGUACGACGUUUUACAGCGAGCUGAGCCCGUCAAGCACACUGCAGCAUUCCCAAAAGGGCGACCGUCCGCCCGACCGCAUGGCGACACUGGAGAACUAACGGAUCUGUAUGACACGCUGGAAGCUAGGGAUGCUGCUACUGCGGGGGGAGAUCCUUCAUUCCAGGCGCGGAAGAAAGAUAAAGAAGCAGCCAGCGAUGACGGUACACACGCUCAAUACAACACCCUGGCACCAAGAUCAACAACAGUCAGUGGCGGCCCGCAGCCGAUAAACCCCGUGCCUUCAGGCAGACCGCAGGUUGAUCGUCAGCGGCACAGCACAACCACGAUUGGCCAACGUAUUGCUAAGCGACCGGCGGCAUCAACUGACUCUCGCACUUUGCCUCACAGGCCCCGGGCUAAAAUCCCACCAAACUCUACAGCGAGCGUCACUGUACCUGACUCUGGUGCCAGCGCCUAUGAGGUGAAUGACCUCGAGACCACAGAAAAUUCAGUACGACCUCCACUUGCCAGUGUCAGUGGUCGGCCGCUUCCACCACCAGGGACUUGCGCGUAUGAGGUGAAUGACCUCGAGACCACAGAAAAUUCAGUGCGACCUCCACUUGCCAGUGUCAGUGGUCGGCCGCUUCCACCACCAGGGACUCCGUCGAAGUCCCCGCCUGAACAGCCAAGAGCCACAGAUAAUUAUGAAGUCACCGAACUUGAGGAAUCCACUGAAACAGUUCAACAUGACGAGGUGGGUAGUACUGUGCAGAAGCCGCAUAGUGAUGAGAGCAAGAACAGGGACAGUGGCCAUGGCGCUGACCAUGAUGACACCACAGACUACAACUACGCCACUCCAGAGAGUAUCAAUCAGCUGAGCAAAGCGAAUGCCGCUAAACUGGCAGCCUCUUCUUUGCAGGGAGCGGAGGUUGAGUCGGAGUACGACUGCCCUGACUCAUUCAUGCCAGCAGCAGCACCGGCAGCGGCACAAUCCACCAGUGGCCUGGCGAGACCGUAUGUAAACGAGCCAUCUCCCAAGAAGCGAACAACGAAGCUGCCUGAUCUCCCAGAUGACAGUAAGCCAGUCACGGAGCUUUCAGGAGAGCCAGCAGGCAUACAUGAGAGUAACAGCGCAUCGGAAUUGCAACAGUCAAAUGAGCGGGAUCUAUACUCUGUGGCAGACAUGUCAAGAAAGGCAUCGGUAAGGCAAGACAUGAGCGCGGAAAAGCCAUCACCAGAAGAACAUGAUGUGUACGCCAGACCGGACAUGACAAGAAAGACUUCGGUGAGACGUCCUGCCAAGGCAAUCGAAUCGUCCUCGACUGGGGAGAAGGAUAUCUAUGCUGCACCCAACAUGGCUAGAAAAACAUCCGUCCGGAGACCCGCAAAGGAUCAAACAGCAGCAGCAGCAGCAGCAGCAGUAGCAGCACCAGAGGCCCAGGUAGCCGAGUCGAGAAUUCCAGAGAGUGAUGAAGACGAUAAGGAAGUGCCUCCGGUCAGGCCAAGGAGAGAAUCAGAUGAGUUGGAAAAUGCUCCUGUUCCCAAGGAAUCGAACGAAAGCGUGGGUCUACUUGGUCAUGAUGAAUUGGAGAGAAAAGACUCUCCCACAGCUCAGCUACGGAAUGGCGAAACACCCCAUGCAGAUGAAAUGGCACAGGAUGAGCCUGGAGAUCAAGCAAGCAGUGGACAGCCGACAAGUCAAAAGGUCCAGACGACACGUCCAGUUGUCAUGCCGGUGCGUAAGAGAGCCUCCAAGUUUGGUGCCGUCUCCGGCAAAGCACCACCGGUGACCCCUCGGUGGUGAAUCUCAGCUGCCCAUCAUUUGCUCACCCGGUGGUGCUCUUUGCCGAUUGGCUAAAGGAAAGUUGCACUAUUUUGUGCCAGGAAACUAUACACUGAUGACCAUUUGUACAGCAGUGGCCUUGCCAGAUAACUCUGAGACACUUGAGAUUGUUGAGUGCAUUGUGUAGAAUAACGGAUCAAGUAAUUUAUAACUGUGAUAUGUAUGUGAAGUUGUACCCAACUCACUUCAUAGAAGAAGAGGAUGGUCAGACCUCACUCGGAAGUAUAGCAUGCAAGUGCAACUGUAUUUCUGUCUCCUUGUUACAUAUCAGCUACAUGUACUUGGAUACAUUAUUUAUGGAAGCUCUAUCUUUGAUGCUGACUGAUUCGAUUACACCUGUACAUGUACACGUACGGCAAAUUUUGCAGAAUGAAUCAGGACAUUUGCUGAGUAUUACCUGGAAUAUGUCUCUAC